UGUUGCUCCGGUGCUCAAACAGAAGAGCAGUAGAACACUGACUGCACGGGUGAUGCCGUUGACUAUCAGCCUGGACGCAUAUGCAUCUGAGACAUCGGAUGCAUCCAGAUCAUCCAGCAACGAUUCAUUUGCCACUUCACUGCUUCCCAGAAACGAUUCGUCAGAUAAGAAGUUGAUGAAAGAGGAGUUUGUCUGGAACUCUUCAUUUUUGCAGAUGGUGACCUUGUUUUUAGUGAUGAUCCUCUGGAGUGCAGACAACAUGGCUUUACCAGCCGUCUAUGCCGAGAUCGCGCAACAUUUCCAGUUGACUCCUGGUGAUUUGGGCGGCCUGGGCUUGGCACGUGGCAUCUUCGAAUCCAUCUGCGCGUUGCCCGCAGGGUUUUUGGCAGAUCGUUUGCCACGACCGCGGCUGAUUGCUUUGGGCUGCAAUAUCUGGGCCUUGGGCUUGGUUGGCUGUGCCUUUUCACCCAACUUGAGGUGGAUGAUCAUUUUCCGUGCCGUCAAUGGCGUUGGUCUUGGUAUCGUGCAGCCCUUGCUUUUCAGCCUGAUUGCCGACAAGAGCGGUGCUAGCGGUCGAGGGCGUGCCUUUGGAUUUUUGCUUUGUACCGGAAAUUUGGGGCAAACCGCCUUCACAGCUUGUGCCACUGCCAUUGCCCCCCUGCAGCUUGGAGGAGUGGCUGGCUGGCAAUGUGCCUUGAUUUUGAUCUCGGCGCUGAGUGCAUUGAUUGGACUCCUGGUGCUGCUACUGGUGACCGACACAGCACAGGUGGAACAGCGGAAGAUGCUGGACAUUCUGAGGGAUGAAACACCACG